AAAAAUCACAGAUGUACGAGAAUGUGUUACGGAAAUCAAGACCUCGACUACGACGAUGAUCACAGAUUUACACGUGACUUCUACUACCUGACUUACGGCAGCAUUCAAAAGGACGUUCUGAAUUAUGGACCAAUCGAAGCAUCGUUCGAUGUGUACGACGACUUCCCCAGUUACAAGUCCGGUGUUUACCAGAGAACCCCAAACGCCACGAAAUUGGGAGGACACGCAGUGAAGUUGAUCGGUUGGGGUGUAGAAGAAGGCACACCGUAUUGGUUGAUGGUCAACUCGUGGAAUGCACAGUGGGGUGACAACGGUCUUUUCAAAAUUAGACGAGGUACAGACGAAUGUCGUAUUGACAGUGCGACAACUGCUGGUGUACCAGUGACCAACUAAUAAUAGUUAGGUUGCCGAAAUUUUAAAAUAAGAACACUCCUGUAUCACUGCGGUAAACAUUUUUUUUUUAUUUAUUUCACUGUAUUCCAUAUGUCUUAAUAAAACUAAUUUUAUUAU